CUUUCACGUGCUGUGUAAAUGUUUUCUUUAAUUCUAGAGUCCCUUCUCUGGUUGUGCAAAUUUUCUUCUGACUGAACCCUUCCCCGGAGUUCUCCAUUUUCCCAUUUGGAAUCUUCUUCCUUACAGGCCCUGCCAAGCCAUCUAUCUAUGGCGCUGUGGAAUUCCUUUUGUUUUCAGUUUUGUGUGUUUUCCUUCUUCUGUAGAGUGAAAGCCCCUUGAGGGCAGGCAUUGUACUUUUCCUUUUCUGUGUGUUCACAUUGCACAUAGGUGUUCCCUCCCAACAUGGUUGAACUACAAUAGAUUGAUUAAAUGACUGAUUAUUGAAGCUUUCAUGAAAGAAUACUUUGGGUAAGGAGAAAAUACCAAAGAUGAGCAUUUACCAGAAUUUUUGGAUGACUGACCUUUCAAAUCACUACCAAUUUGUUGUUAUUAGGAAUGGAAUCAGAGGCUGACAAGACAGACUGGUAAAGCAUAUUUCUUGGUUCUGUUUGUGAAGCAAGUGAGAGGAAUGGAAGGCUGUCACAAGAGCCCUGAGUUUGACAUUUGUUUCAUUUCUUAUCCUGUAGCAUGUAGAGGCCUAUCUACAUCCAACUGCUGAGUGUAAAGAAUAAAAACUGACUGCAUCCUCAUUUGCUCCACAUUUUAGCUUGUUUUGCUUUGAAGAAUUUGCAAGUUUCCCUGGAAUCUGGGCCCCUGGAGACGCAGCGCUGGAGCAGAUGGAUAAUGGAGACUGGGGCUAUAUGAUGACUGACCCAGUCACAUUAAAUGUAGGUGGACACUUGUAUACCACGUCCCUCACUACACUGACGCGUUACCCGGAUUCCAUGCUUGGAGCUAUGUUUGGGGGAGACUUCCCCACAGCUCGAGACCCUCAAGGCAAUUACUUCAUUGAUCGAGAUGGGCCUCUCUUCCGAUAUGUCCUCAACUUCUUAAGAACUUCAGAGCUGACCCUACCCCUGGAUUUUAAGGAAUUUGACCUGCUUAGGAAAGAAGCAGAUUUUUACCAGAUUGAGCCCUUGAUUCAGUGUCUCAAUGACCCUAAGCCUUUGUAUCCUAUGGAUACUUUUGAAGAGGUUGUGGAGCUCUCUAGUACUCGGAAGCUUUCCAAGUAUUCCAAUCCAGUGGCUGUCAUCAUAACUCAGUUAACCAUCACCACCAAGGUCCAUUCCUUACUAGAAGGCAUCUCCAAUUAUUUUACCAAGUGGAAUAAGCACAUGAUGGACACCAGAGACUGCCAGGUUUCCUUUACGUUUGGACCUUGUGAUUAUCACCAGGAAGUGUCUCUCCGGGUGCACCUGAUGGAGUAUAUUACAAAACAAGGGUUCACAAUCCGUAACACUCGGGUACAUCACAUGAGUGAGCGGGCCAAUGAGAACACAGUGGAACACAACUGGACUUUCUGCAGAUUGGCCCGGAAGACAGAGGACUAAUCUUCAGGCCCAAGAAGUUCCUGAAACAGACUCUCCAGGAAGUGGAAGAGACUGCUUUUCUGUUUUCUUCUGCUUUUGCUUUUUCUUUUCCUGAUUUUUUAAAAAUAUUUGUAUUUAUUUGAAGGCAUUGAGGACCAGAAGGUUUUGUGGAUUGGCAGUCUCCUCCAGGUUUUGUUCCCUUUACCCUGAGUAUGCAUGUGCCUGUUUAGAGUCUUCAGAUACCUUUUUUAUAAAAAGAAGUCUGAAAAUCAUUAUGGUAUAUAAUCUACCCUUAACAGAGCUUUUUAUUAUUAUUAUUGUUAUUAUUAUUACAGUGCUAAAAUGAUUUCUGAUAAAAUGGUCCCUAACUCAACUAGAAGGCUAAAAAUACAGGAAUGAAAGAAUGAGGGGAAUACUUUCUCAUGAUGCCUUUGAGGGAAAAAAAAAAAUCAAAGUAUCAUGUAGGGCGACCUAGUUUCCAAGCCAAUAAGCAGUAUUGUAAUAUUAAAGGAAAACUUCCAAUCAUUUAAAGGUACUUGUUAAGUACUGCUUUUUACAGUUAUGACAACUGUUUCUUUCUAUGCAUAUAAAUCAAGCAACCAAAUAUAUAUAGCCAUGGAAAUGUCUGACUAGAAAUAUUUAUAUUGGAUUCUGAAUACAAAAUGUCCCUGUGGUAGAAAUCUUCUUAUGCCUGGUACAGUAUAAUUCCCAAGUGUACUGUUGACCAGGAAAAAAAAAAAGCCUAAUAAAAAAGUGAACUACGAAAAUUA